AUGCCGAAGCGUCACCGCCAGCCGGAGCCGAUCGACAUCGAAAGUACGGCCCAUCACCGGAGCAACCUCGAGUGCUACGGCAAGAGUUUGCGUAGCAGUGAUGCGAGCUUGAAGAACUCGACGUCUCUUCGAGCUUCCUCGGCUGCCGCUGGGACUGAGCGCGCCGACACCGUUUACUCCCCAGGUGAGAUAGAGUUGGCCGAGAAGACCCGCAAGAGAGCCAAGGACUUCCCUGCCACGCCCGAGUCACUGGUGCGACACCGCCGGCAACUGCAGGCGCACGCCAAGCGACGUCGCAUCUCGUUCGACAAGGAUGGCCAACCUGUCGACGAUGACAACAUCUCGGGAGAGGCGGCGCUGAGCGCGCAGCAGAGGCUCCCUGUGCUGAUGACUGGUAGGGUUGGUUUUCCACCUCUUCCAGGCCGAGCUUCUUCGGCUGCAUCGAAAGGACUCGAUCUCGCCAGUCACGACGAAGAGGAGGAUGAUGAUGACAUCGACUUCAGCUCCAACGACUACGUUGGAGACGAUGGUAACCAACUUAGCAGCGAUGACUCUGCGCUCGGCGACGGAAGCGACGGCGACAGCGCUGCGGCGGAGGAAGAGGCGGAGCUGCGCCAGCUACGGAAGUCGGUGGCUGCUGCGGCUGCUGCUGCUACCCAGCGACGCCAGAAGAUAGGCGAAGGUGAGAAAGACAGCAGUGACAGUGGCGAGGAGGAUGAGGUGCCCGAUGAUAGUAGCCCGCUGGGCAGCAGCGACGAUGACUCGAGGCACUCCUCAGAUGUGGAUGAGGAGGGCGAGUCGAACAAUGACUUGUCCGACUUUGGCAGGGAGCAGGGUAGCGACGAGGAGAGCGAGGAGGAAGAGGAGAACAGCGCUGGUGGUGUUUGGGACACGCGGCGUCGCGGUGGCGGCGUCGCCGCUGGGCAGUGCAGCGGCGAGUCCGACGAUGACGACGAUGGUGAUGGUCUUGUGACUGUCGACUUUGGCGUGUUUGACAUGGAGGCAUCGAACGUCGACGGGCUUCUCCACCUGAUGGAUCAGCUCUGCCCCGACCGAAUGAACGAGGUGGACCGUGAUGAGCUGGGGUUGGCACUGUACGAGAGCCCCUUCACCAGCGUUGUGCGCCUGCAGAACAACGGCGAAGACGCCACAGGGGAGGAGGAGCAAGAGUUCUAUGGCCUUUCCUCUGUGCUAGACCUCGCACACGGGCAGUCGCUUUACCCCGCGGCACUGCGUCCGCUCUGUGGGCUAUUGCAGCAGCGCGUGUGGCGGCAGGCAGCAGCAGGCAUUCCACCGACAGACAUUUUGACGAGCGUCGUGGACGGCGGCCCCGCCGCGUCGUCGCGCGCCAAGUGCCUUCUGCUCAUCUCCGAGUACAUUCGAAACAUCCCGCUGGAGCUGACGGUGCAGAUUCUCGAGGAUGUGCUUGAUCGCCUAGAUGCCGCCGGCCAGCAGGAGCGAAAAAAGAUUCAAACACAGACGGCGGGGGAGGCCAUGGCGACGCACGAGCAUCCCAUCUUUGCAACGCACCCAAGCAUGUUUGCCGUACUGGCGAAGGUCCAGCGUGCCACAGAUGCGCCGGUGACACUGCCGAAGCAUGCCAUACCAUCCUCAUCUGGCGGCGGCUCUGAAGGAGCUGGGAGUGGUGGCGACGCAGCCGCUGCAGCUCACCGGAAACAUCACAAUGGUGGAAACCAUAAAACUAAGAAAGGGAGCGAGGGGGCUAGUAGAAGUGGCAGCGGUGGUGCGAUGGGUGCCCCCGAGUCCCCACUCGACCUUACACACUACAUCUUCUGGCGCGAAGAGGACAGCAUUCUCUAUGAGUUCCGUGACAAGCGGGUUGCCACCCUCGUCUACCGCUGCCGUCCGCAGUAUGACGGCCAGCCGGAGCACGAAAUACCACUCUCCAUCCUCUUUGUGCUGCAAUACGGCGCUGCGCGGCAGGCGGUGGACGAGAUGCGGCGGCGGCAAACGGUCAACGCAGCCGUGGAGCGAUACUGA